UGGAUUGCAGCUUCAGUAUGCUGGUUCAAUAGAUCCAAAAGAACCACAGAAGAAACGCUUGAAAGCCGGAGAUUCUAAUUUUACCCAGUCAUAUUCAGGUGCCCAACCAGAGGUAAGUCAUGUAAAAUCUAAUUCAGUGCCAAAAGACCAAAAAAUGGAGACAAACAGUCUUCAGAGCAAGGAUAAGGUGAGCAAAGCAAGAAAGUAGCUCCAGUAAGCAAAGCCAUGUCAAACAUUAAAUGGAAAAAGAAAGAUGACAAGCUGGUUGAUAUUUCAUCAGAAGACACAUCUAAAGUGGUGAAGGAUGGUGUCGACUUGCAUAAGAAUUUGCAACAAUCCAAAAGGUCCAGUAAGGAGGUUGAUCCAAGUGUUUUAGCAAAUAAGACUGCACCUUUAACAAACAUAAGUGCCAAUGCUAUGCCAAAUAACUUGAAAUCUCAGGAUACCGCAAGGCUGUGGAAAAGUUUGAGUAAUGUAAAUAUCUCUGGUCAUUCUAAUGUAGAUGUGGAUAUACAUUCUUUAGUUGAAAUUGAGGAAAAUCUGGACAAGGAGCUAGAGGAAGCACAGAACCACAGACGCUUGUGUGAAAUUGAAGAAAGAAAUGCACUUAAAGCUUACCGGAAAGCUCAGAGAGCUUUGAUUGAAGCUAAUGCUAGAUGUACAGUUCUUUAUCGUGAAAGGGAACUUUGUUCGGCCCGCUACAGAUCUUUAAUUGGGACAAUUCCUGUUUAUUAUGGUCUUCCAGGCAACAUGAGCACACCAGAACAGGAUUGGAUAUCUCAGAUGAUGUACCUGAAAAUAUGAACCUUGUACCGAUCUAAUAGACUACCGCCUGCCUAUGACGGUCUUCAUCAACCAGGGAACGAUGCAAAUGUCCAAUGUAAAUAUAGCUCCUCAAAAUAUGUCUCUACGGCAUAACAAUGGACAAAAUUUGGGUUCUGAACCAUGCAGUGAGCAGGAUGCAGUACAUCAGAGCCAUUUCCUCAUAAUAUUAGCAACAAUGCUGCUAAUGGAUUAAGAUCUCCGUGCAGCCCUAUUAUUUCAGCAGAUGAAGGGACUUCUCUAAUGGACCUUGAUUCUUUUCAACCCAGUCCUGACUAUCAGCAAAAACAACAGAACUCUGAAGUAAUUGAAAAGAAUGCAAAUAAUGAGUCUAGUAAUCAGGAUUCUUUGCUUCUUGAAGCAUCAUUGAGGCCUGAACUAUUUGCAAGGCUGGGGGUGAGAACUUCAUCAAAGAACAUUGAUUCAUGUUACAAUGAGCCUUCUAUCGAACGAGGGGCUGAAAAUGAUGUUGAAAGUGAAAAGACCCAGAUGAGCAAUGGCAGUAUUACGCUCUCAGAGGCAGAGAAAAAGCAUCAAUUUGAUGUUUCAGGCCAUGAAAAACCAAAUGAAGUUACACCAGAAGCUCUGGUGGAGAAUGAGGGCCAGCACCA